AUGGCGACUCUGCCAGCCAAUUCUCUGCUUGCACGGUCACGCCAGCCGCGACCGGGCCCGUCGACCAAGACCCUGAGCGCACCCAUUCACGCCUCGAUAUCAACGAGUACCGCGCCUACCACCAAUGUCUCCCUCUUUUUGACCAACCUGCGCUUGCUGGACUUUCCUUCGUUCCCAGACUGGCCAGAGUUCGAUGCGCAGACUUUCUCUGUGCAGAAAAAGCGCAUCCACUGCGUAGAAUGGACCCUCUACCAGCUCUUUGUACUCUGGGACCCAGAAGAGGCGCGGAAUAAGCUUCAACCCUUCUUCCCACCUCGAGACCAAGUUCAAUCCUUAAAUUUGCGAGCCGCCCUCCUGCGAAGCCUCGACCAGGCCAAGAAGAAUGGGGUCCUCGGACGAGAUGCAGUGGUCCGCAAGACCAUGCUAGACGAGUGCAAAGGGGAGCGAUUGGAAGAAGUUCUUGCCGUCUUCUCAUCCGCCGUUCUGAAAAAGAUGGUGGCCGAAGUGACAGAAGCCGAGCACGAGUACCCAGCUAUCGCCCAGCAAGUUGCGUUAGAAAACCGGGGUUACAGUGCCGAGCGAACGGAACUUGUGACCCUUGCGCUUGCUCACAGAGCCUCCAUCACCAACGCCAUGCUGCGGAAAGAUGAGGCUAGGAGAAAGUAUCACGAACUUGCUGGAGUGCUGAGCCAAAAAGAGGAAGGCAUUGUACGGAGGAAGGAGGAAAUCAAAGUCGCUCGAGUACUUUCAAGCACGCGAGACCUACCAGACCAUCUGAAAUCGGAUACAUGGAGGACAGUGCGGACGAACUGGGCCGGGAACGAGCAAUGGAUGGAGACUCUUCUCUACGGCGACUCCCACGCCCGGAAGGACGGCCUAUUGUCGGCCCCGUUUGACAGAGUCUGGCGACGCUUGGAGUCUAGUCGACUUACCGAGUUGGAAAGCCACAAUGCAGGCCUUUUGGAGCAAUUAGAUGGCCGUGUAAGGACACAGAGGGAGAGGCUUGCGAGAUGGCAGGAAUUCCGAAUCGACAUGUUUGGCGAACGGCGCAAAGCCAGUACGUCCAAAACGUCACAGCCUAUGAAAACAAAACGUGGCAUCGACCUCGGAUUCGACACGCACGAGAGCUUGCAUCUAGGAAAGACGAGCCCGAGAAAGCAGAUUGCCAAGAAGAGCAUCCCCUUGACAAGGAAUUACUCUAACCUUUUGGACGACUGUAUGGCAGAGUUGGCUGAAGUAGGCUCUUUGCCCGUGGUCAAGCUCACCGAGACGUUGGGCCCGCGGACUCGUCAACACGAGAAACCAGAUGGGAUCCUGGCUACGAGGGAGAGCCUCGGAGACGAGACCAUUUCAGAACUCAGCGAAUUAGAGGACGAUCUGCACGGAACAAAUCACUUGCCACGGCGUCCAUCGCUGCAGGAGCCCCAUCCCAGACGGCUCGAACGUCCCGCCAUCAAUCUUUCUUCCCGGACAAGCAGUUCUGACCUACCACCCCCGUUACCUAGCCCAUUGCUACUGCCACCAGAGUCGCAGGAUGAACUGGCUAUACCUCCGCCGACCCCCCCUUUACCGGAAGAAGACGACAUUACGGAGACACUACCUGACCGCAUCGCAAGCCCACCUCUGGAGGAACAAGGGGAGGCGGAGGUUCCGUUCGGAAGGGAGGACAGCUCACCAGAACCGCCCAAAUCUCCAACACAAGAGCUGGCAGACCAAAUUUUGAAGGACAUGGAUGUUGCGUCCCCCUCGCCUGUCAAGCGCUCCAAACCACGUCAUACCUUAUCCCUUGCAGAGCGGACACGGAUGUCGAUGGCUCGAUCUUCGCGGAGCGUCAGAUACGAUCCAGACGACGAGGAAGACGAUACGCUGACCCUGAGGCCAUCCUUCGCCAGUGCUAAUCGCCGGACUGGAGAAGUUACGAUUCACGUCACUGAUGAGGAUGACCUGGUUGCUCGCACACGGAAGAGCAUGGUUGGGUUUGAGGCCGCCCACCAGAAAGCACAGUUGGACAGACAAAAGUCAUUGAAGAAAUCACGACCUCGAGCCCGAACCGAAAGCCAUAUCCCCGUGGUUGAGGAGACGACGGAGUUGGACCCUGAUGCAUCCAUCCUUGCCGAGGAGCUGAUGGCUGUUGAAGACAUGGAGGCUGUGUUCCGCAGCCGGCCGAGGAUCAAGACGAGCCCGGCCCCCUCACCAUCCAGGAGACCGCUCGAGGAAACUCUGUAG